AGGAGGAGGAGGAGGAAGAGGAGGAGGACGACGAGGAGGACGACGAGGAGAACGAGGAGGACGACGACGAGGAGAACGAGGAGGAGGACGGGGAGGAGAACGAGGAGGACGACAAGGAGAACGAGGACGACGACGACGACGACGACGAGGACGAGGAGGGAGAGGGCGGCCGGAGGCAGCUUCUGUGCCCCCCGGGGCCCUUCGGAGCCGCUGCGUGCAGCUCGGCCGACCGGCGCGGCGACGCCAUCAAACCGCCAGGCCGCUGGACUUCGUCGUCGUCGUCGUCGUCGUCCGUCGUCCGUCGCAUGUACCCAGACCGCUUUCGCCAGUGCGCAGCGUACAGCGAAGGGUUAAAAGCGAAACGAAUUCAACUGUUUAAAAUCUGCGUUUAAACAGUCGAUCCUCUCAGUGAGGCCGUCCUUUGCGGAUCCGACUGAAUAUACAGGUUAAAUUAGCCAUGCAAACAACUGCUCAAUGUUUAUCCCAGCUGAUCCUCUCAGUGAGGCCGGACUUUGCGCCUCCAGCUGGUUUAAACACAAAAGUUGAACAGAUGUUUAGCUGCACGCUGCCAAGCUGCUGGGAGGAUGUGGAGAGGAGAGAAAAGAGGUUACCUCGCAUGCGACAUCACCUACCGUUUAGCGCCUGGCCCGCGAGCGCGAACAUCUUGUCUACCUGUUUAGCGGCGGUCGCGGGCGCGUGAGCGCACUUCCAAGGCUUUCGCAGAUCCAAUCAUAACUGUCACUGUAACGGCGCGGGCUGGAAAGCUGCAGUCCUACAAAAAAGCACUCGGACAGAGGAGACACAAUGGCCAACCCAGAGGCAAAACGCGCAUAGAGUAUGUGAGCCACUGGCAGAGUAGCAGCUCAUGGCAGCAGCCUCGCAGUGCACCGCGCACCGCUAAGGUUGCACUUAGAAGAAAGGACGGGGCUGAGAGAAGACAUGGAACAGGAGGAACCCAGAAGCCUCCAUGUAGGCUCGACUGCCCGAGGCGCGAGCCUGGCACUGCAGUCGCUCCCGAUGGAGCACAGGCCCAAGAAGACACGAAUGCAAAGCUAGGUAACUAUGGCUGCGGUGGCAGCCUGGCGCUCGAUAGAGCAGCAGCUAAAUCCAUAGUGCUCCGGAAGCCUCGGAAAAAUGGGACGCUGCACAAAGCGAAAUCACUUGUCACUGCAGGCGCAACAAAGAUCCGAGCACAGAGCAAGCUUCUCAAACGCAGAGGCGAAAACUGAAUUACCAUGCUGCGAAUGAGUGGUGCUGCAGCAUUUGCAGCCACCGUGCGGAGGAAGGGGGAUGUUAG